AAUCGCGUGUCAGCUGCACUGAAACGCAAAACCUUUCUGGCAAAGCAGAUUCCUGGAACCUCUGCUAGUUUCACGCAAACUCACUUGUUUUCUGGGUCCGAGCUUCAGUGAAAUUAGGAUCCGUACGGGCGAUUUCGCUGGAUUUUGCCUUCAAUUUUUAUGAUUAAAUUGUGAUCAAAGACAUGGUUUCCCCGGCUGUGACCACAACCCAUCAUGUGGACCCGGGUCCGUGCAGCACAUAUCCACCCCAGACCCCCUGCAAUCAAGAUGAGGAUCUGUCCUGCAUCGCCACCACCUUCCAAUAUUUACAAACCUCAGGCUGGUAUUGGGGUUCCAUCUCGGCAAGUCAAGCUCGGGAAAAACUCUUGGCAAAGUCUGAAGGUACGUUCCUGGUGCGGGACAGCAGUCACCCUCAGUACAUGGUGGCGCUGUCAGUGAUGACCCACUGUGGUCCGACCAGCGUCCGAAUACAAUACAAGAGCGGUUCUUUCUGGCUGGACUCUCUCAAUCCCGAGCUGCCUCACCUGCAGUCCUUCCCCGACGUGGUCAGUCUCGUCCAGCGCUACAUUAGCUCGGGACACACACCCCAAGGCCGGACGGCAUCUGAGAACAAUCACCUCUCCAAGAUAUCCCCUGAUCACCUCCAGUCCUCCCCUGCCAAGGACAGCGGCGUGAUCCUGAGGCUGUCGCGUCCACUUCACAAACCAGAGACAUUCCCGCCAUUGCAGCACCUGGCACGACUCAUCAUCAACAGAAAUACAAACUGCCCCCAGCAGCUGCCCCUCCCCAAGCCUCUUCUGAACUACUUGCACGACUACCCUUUCCAUAUAUGAGGGUCUCUGAGACAGGUCUAUGGGUGGGAUCAGCAACUAAGCAGGUGUUGAGAGAUUCACGGAAUGUAGGAUGACGGAAUAUUUUUGUCCUCCACAAUGGCCUUAUGACACACAAGGCUUCUGUUUUCAUCUUCCUCAGGCUUAGUGUUUUCCAAAAAUUCAAUUUUAAUGACUGUAAAGAGUGAUCGUCUUACUGUACAGUGUUUGAAGAGGAAAUAAAGGAGGUUCUGUAUUCA